CGCUCCGACUCUUUUUGCCGUCGCAACAUCGUCCAACUCGACCCCACACAUCACUGUCCCUCUUUAACAAGGCGCUUCUCACAGUUACAGCAACAGUCGAUUCAGAGGCAAAACCCAUCAUGUUUGUCCUCAAGUCCCUCUUUGGGCAGAUGUGGGGCAACACUGCCAACCCCGAGCUCAUCCAGAUUCCUGCGGGUCAGCUCUACCUUGUUCGCCCCGACAGCAUUAAGGGUUCCAGAGAGUGCAUCUUCAAGGACGCCGUCGCGACCAUCCGCCGCACCGGUGUCGAGUUCCAGUACCAGCUGGUCGUCACCCGUGCAUACGAGGAGGGCGAGGAGCAGUUGCUCGAGGAGGACGCCGAGACCGACGAUGAGCGCGUCUUCCUGAUCGACCAGGCUCUAAACUUCCGCUUCGGAUCUGUCGACGGCGAGUCCACGUUCUCGUGGCGUGAUCUGAGCGGCGACGAAGGUGAUCUGUGGGAGUUCGUUUGCAACAAGGCUGUUGGCGCGCCUACCAGCAAGCUCUUUGAGCUCACUCUGUUACGCUGCAUCUACGAGAGGAAGUACCACCGUUCUCAUGAGGGCGCUUCGGAGGCCGAGCUCGAGGCUCUCAAGUACCAGGAGCCCGAGCAGACUGAGGCCCCGCAGGCGGUGAUCGAGAAGGCGGCUGGAGCCGAGGAGCCUUCGGAGCAUGAGGACCCCUUCAAGGACGUUCCCGUUCUGCACAGCGCCAAGGGCGAGCUCUAUCUCUUCGACACCGAGGCGGACGUCUUCGUCAUUCAGGAGAAGGAUGUCGACGCCGAUUUGGCUUCGAACGGAGCUUUUGAUACCUGGAUCAUUGUCCGCAAGGACGGUACCCCAUUCAUCUCGAUUCCCAUCGACUCGGACAUGAACCCCCGCUUCGACAUGGCCAACCACGCAUUCAUGUUCACCUUCCGUGAGACCGAGGGUCUUCCUGGCAUGACGUGGUGCUUGCGUUUUGACGAGUCGGUCUUUGGCGAGUGGAAGGACAAGUUCACCAUCUACAUGUGGGAGAACAAGAACCAGACCAGCUACGCCAAGGCCCAGGCCGUCGAGCAGCGUUACAUUCAGGACGCCUACAACGACGAGGAUGUCGAGAUGGCUGAGCCAGAGGAUGCCGAGGAGGAGCCAGAGGAGGAGGAGGAAGAGGAGGAGCCCGAGCAGGACUCUGAGGCCGGCGAGACGGACGAGGAGUACUCGAGCGACUCGGAUGACGCCUUCUUCAAGGGUUCCAAGAACGAGCAGCUUGCUGUCGGCUACAAGAACGACAUGUCCUUUGUCCAGCGUGGCAACAUGAUUGGCGUGUUUGCCCACGACCGUGACAAGGUCAAGUUCAGGACAGCCAUUGACCGGGUCAAGGACAUGGACGGCAAGAGCUUUGCACCCAAGAAGAUCUUGCUCCACAACCAGGACGCCGACAUGCUCAUGCUUGACCCCGGAAACAAGAACUCAGUCUUCCGUAUGGACCUUGAGUAUGGCAAGAUUGUCGACGAGUGGAAGGUCUCGGACACUGUCAAUGUCGACAACAUUAUUCCAGACUCCAAGUAUGCCCAGAUGAACCCCCAGCAGACCCUCAUUGGUCACUCGCACAACGGCAUCUUCCGUAUCGACCCGCGUGUGCAAGGCAACAAGCUUGUCGAGAGCCAGUUCAAGCAGUACGCUAGCAAAAACGACUUCUCGGCGGCUGUCACCACCGAGUCGGGCAAGCUUGCUGUGGCGAGCAACAAGGGUGACAUUCGUCUGUUUGACACCAUUGGCAAGAACGCCAAGACUGCCUUACCAGCUCUUGGUGACCCCAUCAUCGGUGUUGACGUGUCUGCCGAUGGAAGAUGGCUUGUUGCUACCUGCAAGACGUACCUCCUCCUCAUCGACACUCUUAUCGGCGAUGGACGCUACAAGGGCUCGUAUGGCUUUGACCGAAGCUUCCCGGCGGACAGCAAGCCUAUCCCUCGUCGUUUGCAGCUCAAGCCCGAGCACCUGGCCUACAUGGAAGACCCGGUAUCGUUCACCCCUGCGCGCUUCAACACUGGUGUCUCCGAGGCUGAGAAGACGAUUGUCACGUCGACGGGCAAGUAUGUCAUCAUCUGGAACUUUAGACGCCUCAAGCAGGGCCGUACGGACGACUACCAGAUCAAGAAGUACGACUCGCGCGUCGUGGCGGACAACUUCAAGUACGGUACCGACAAGAACAUGAUUGUCGCGUUGGAGCACAACGUGCUCAUGGCAAACAAGAAGGAUCUGGCCAAGCCUACUCGUGAAUCACUGGCACCUCGGCCGGCCAUUUCGACGCCUGUGCGCAAGUUGAAGGACUCUCAUAGUGCGAUUGUCCACAGCCCCUACUAGAGAAGUGUUUGUUGGAUCGAGGGUUUAUAGUUUUUUAAUCUCGACUUAUGUACUUGGGCCGUAUGAGGCUUGAUUGGGGCAGGCAGAGUAGGCGUACAGUAGGUUGCCAAGCAGCUUGCUACCAUGAUAGUGACAUGCAUCGUGUUUUAUCGA